AUUUGUUGGCGGUUUCUUUCAUCAUCCUUGAUUUUGCUGGAUUUGGUUGCAGUUUCUCUUGCCACCUCUAAUACUGCUCGAUUUAGUCGCAGUCUCGUUUACCAUCCUCAAUACUCCUGGAGUUAGUGGCAGUUUCUCUUCUCAGUUUUAGUUUCUUUCUUUCUUCUCAAUCGUCCCUUGGUCCUGCUCGAUUCAGUCGAGGUGUUUGACUUGUUCAUUUGUCCACUCCCUGCCUUCCUUGAGAGUAAAUCUUGCAAAAACCCUUUGGUGUUGCUCUUGUUCUUCAAGAUGACAUUCAGACACCCAUCAUCUUUCUUCGACCUCGAGUGGUCCUUCAACUCACUUGAGUUGGCCUCACCAUCCUCUACUCGAACGCUACGAAGCAACGGUUCUACUGAAGUUCCACCACGAUCUGCUCAAGCCAUCUUCAACGAGAUCGUUCACAAGAUUCCCACUAUCAGAGAAUUCACAGAGCUCGUUUUCGAAUCCAUACCGCCUGAACAAGGUAGCCUCAUCUGUCGCUCACUCAGUGAGUCUAGUGUUUUCGAGUCGAGCAAUGCAAGAGCAAAUUUCAAUUCAUUCACAGGGACUCUUUGGAUCCGAGUGAUGCCGACCCAACUCCAUGAUGUGCACCACAGAUGGUUCAUGCUUGCUGCCCGUCGCUGGACAAAACAGGGGCAGACAAAUGAUGCCGAAGAUUAUCUUAUGGAUUUUGGAGUGGGAACGACUUUUGAUGCUUUCACGGGGCAAUACACCCAUUCAUCGAAGGAACCAGACUUGUUUUUACGCCCAGCUACCUACUGCCUACCUUCAAUUGUUGUUGAGAGUGGGUGGAGCGAGUCUUGGCCUCGCUUGCAUGAUGAUAAAAACCUAUGGUUUUAUGGAUCCCCUACAGUCAAUGUAGUGAUCUUGUUGAAGUGGUCAAAGCUUGCCCGCAAUAGAUGUAAGGGUAAGGUGGAAGUAUGGACGCGAAAUCCUGCAGGGGGUCUUACAAUGUACGAGAAACCAAUCUUUCCGCAGCCUGUUCCUGCUCCCGCUCCCGGCACCGACGUGAUCCAGUUUACAAAGCUGGACCUCUUUGGCCAACAGAUGGUUGCCGGCCAAGACCCCAAUAUGGCUCUUCCUUUGGACCUGUCAGUACUGCGUGAUUUUGCUCGCCAACGAAUGCUGUUUAUGGGAUUGACACCCGCAUGAGGUUGAAUGCAGUCUCUAACAUCCGGGUUACUAAUGAGUGUGGCCAUUUGCUGGUUGUAUCCUCUCAUUCUUGGUCAUUAAUGUAACUGCUAGCAUUACCUCGCUAUGCCACAAUAAGAAAAAGAAGAAAAGGGAGGCAUCGGGGCAAUGUGUACCUCAGUAAACACGGUUAAGAAUUAGCAAUUCAAUAGCAGGACUUAUGCAUAGCUUAAAU